GAUACAAACUGGGGAUAAACUUACUUAAUAUAUUUUUAAUACUAACAUGGAAGUCCUCUGAAAUUACACUCUGAUUAAACGGUUCAAGUUAUGUAAUGGCAUUUCCUCAGCCCAGACCUCAGGCUCCUCAGCUUCCUCAGCAUCUCCUCAGGACCAUAGACUGCCAGCAAGGAGCUGUCAGGGCUGUUCGCUUCAAUGCUGAUGGGAACUACCUGCUGUCCUGUGGCAGUGACAAAUCUUUAAAGCUGUGGAGCGUGAGCCGAGGCACCCUGCUGAAGACCUACAGUGGCCAUGGAUACGAGGUUCUGGAUGCUGACAGUUCCUAUGACAACAGCCAGCUUUGCUCGUGUAGCUCUGACAAGACAGUGAUUCUGUGGGACGUAGCCACAGGCCAGGUUACACGCAAACUCAGAGGUCACGCUGGGAAAGUUAACUGUGUGCAGUUCAAUGAAGAGGCAACUGUCAUCUUGUCUGGGUCCAUAGAUGGGACAGUGCGAUGCUGGGACACCAGAUCCAGAAGAUAUGAACCCAUCCAGGUUCUAGACGAGGCUCGUGACAGCGUCAGCAGCAUUAAGGUGGCACAACACGAGCUGCUUACCGGCUCGGUGGAUGGCAGAGUGAGGCGCUACGACCUCAGAAUGGGACAACUGCAUGUUGACUUCAUCAGCAGUCCUAUUACCUGUGUUUGUUUCAGUCAAGACGGCCAGUGCACCCUGAGCUCCAGUUUAGAUUCAGCAGUCAGACUCCUGGACAAGAGCACCGGGGAAAUGCUGGGAGAGUAUACUGGACACAAGAUGAAGGGCUACAAGCUGGACUGCUGCCUGUCCAGUAAAGACACCCACGUGCUGAGCUGCUCAGAGGACGGACACGUGUACUGCUGGGACCUGGUGGAGGGGUCUUUGUCCUUGAAGCUGCCAGUAGGGAAAGCGGUUGUCCAGUCUUUGUCCUUCCACCCCACAGAGACCUGCCUCCUCACAGCCAUGGAGGGGCGUGUCCAGGUGUGGGCGUCAGAGCCAGAGGAGGCGGACGAGGAUGCGAUGGCCACAUAGUGAAAGUAGUCACAAAACGCAUUUGUGGGUUGCGAGGACUUUGCUCUCUGUUACUCCAAUAACACACAGUCUACUUGACAAACCUGAUGGUGACAUGAAAACAUCCCACAUUCAGUUUCUGUUUGUAGAGGUCAUCGGAGGUUUGGUACUGGAAAAUCAGCUGUAAAUUGUCAGCAGUGUGAGCAUUUCCAGCCGAAUCUGUACCCUGGCAGACUUGACAAAUGUGAUUGGGUGUAGCCCGUUGUAAAGUGCACAUGCCUUUAAUCAUGGUAUUUAUCAACAAAUGCUGAACAUACCAGCUGACACAAAUAAUACAAAGACUGAAAAAAAGUAUUUUGGUUCACGACCAGGCAUGAUCUGGAUGUAGCUUUGAAUUGAAUACAUGAGUGAACUGUAAAAGUGAAAGAGAUGAUUGAGGAUGUUUGUAUGUGUAUGAAACAUUUAUGCAUUUUUAUACAAAACCCUUGAAUAAACUUUGUAUAAGUGCACCAC